AUGCUUCAAGAGGCCGCCACUACAUAUAGCAAUAGUACCCUGUCAGAGGAUGGGUUCGCUGCAGUGGCCUAUUUCAUAUUCUUCUGCCGAUUGUCAGCGUUCAUCAUGGCAGCUCCCUUCGCCCUAUGCAUCGCGUUGGAUCUCAUUGCGUACGGCAUAGCCAGGACUCUCCAUCUUUCCAUGCUACCACGACGGGUUCCACGAUCGCCCCCGAAUCUCGACCGCAUGCUUGCCAGCGAGCACGUCCUCCUCAAUGACAUGGGGACACCGACCCUGGGGGAUAUAUCCGAAUCCGAUGAUGGUUCUCCUCCACUCGAUGACGUCAAACCGCCUCCAUGUACGAGAUCUUCUUCUCACAAAAUUAACGACGUCGAUGACAACCAUCUCAGAACGCCACGAUCCCAACGACAUCCAUGA